ACAGGAGAGAAAGGGGGAGACACUAGAUCCAUGCUCCCAUGACAUACGAAUCCCCAUACGAUUUAUAGUUUUAUUUUAGACAAGCACAUGAAGAUAACACUCUGUGUAUUAUCAUUAUUAUUAUGAUAUCAUGUAUAUGAUAUUAUAAUGAGAGAGCAAUGGAGUAGCAAUAACAACACCAUAAGAGGAGAGAGAGAGAGGGCCCCAAAGCUCAGAUAAUCAGGUGGUGGGAAAGGGAAUUUAGAUAUAGAGAGAGAGAGGUGAUUGGAGGAGCAUUGACCCAACGAGAAAGGAAGGGAAAGGGGGUUUUGGGGUGAAAGGUGGGAACGUGCACUAUUUGAAGCAUAGAUCUAGAUCUAAACACUCCCUCGCACUCCUCUUCUCUACUGCUAGCUUUAGCUCUCUCUCACAGAGAGAGAGAGGUUAGACCAUAGAAAUCAGUCCAUCACCCCAUUCAAGGCAGCAGUGGUCUCUCUGUAUGCAGCAGUCCUGGUCAGAGUGAUGAGAUGCUGCUUCAGCAACAGUAGCAGCAAGAGGAAGAGGAGGCCUUGUUUGGGUGGAGCUGCUAGUGAUGCUUUUCCCCUUCUUUGAUACCUAGUCUCCCCACAGAAAGAAAGAGAGCUCUCUCCUCCUCUUCCAGAGUCAGCAGCAGCUCAGAAAGAGAAAGAAAGAGCUAUAUAUGCACACACAUCCAAGAGAGAGGAAAAAAAAAGGGGGUCUCCCAGCUUUCAUGUAACAACAGCAGUGGACUUGUUCAAAGGAGCAGGAACAAGCUGGUGUGAUCUUCUCAUCUCUCUUCCAACCUACCCAAAUGGACGUCUACGAAGCUACCAACAUCGUAUUCUCCAGAAUCCAGAACUUAGAUCCAGAAAAUGCAAAAAAGAUCAUGGGCCUUCUCCUCAUCCAAGACCAUGGCGACAAGGAAAUGAUUCGCCUCGCCUUCGGUCCUGAAGCUCACAUCCACUCCCUCGUCCUCAACGCCAAGAAAGAUCUAGGCCUUCUCCCUCCCACUACCACCCCUUCCACCCCUUCCACUCCUUCCUCCCCUUCUCCUUUCCUCUCUUCUACCAGACCUUCCAUCCAAAAUUCCUCCUCCUCAACCACCUCUUCCACUUGUUCCUCCUCCUCACGUUGGCUCAGCAGCCUCAAUCUCCCCCAUUCCAUGAGCAUACCCUCCCCCACUUCUUGGGCUGCUGCUGCCUUUCCUCGGAACGGAGCCUCCGACGACUUGCAUAACUCCACAGAUGAACUGAUCAGCCCCAAUUCUUCCUUCUCCAUCAACAGCAUGAAUAUGGCUGCAGCAGCACCAGUGACUUCUUCAUCUUCAUCUUCCUCUUCUGCAGCUUUCUACAGCGACCAUCUCAUCGAUGAGUUCCAGCUCCAAGAUCAGCUCUCUUUCCUCAACGACACCUGCUCCAACAACGCCCCUCCCAAUUCCAUCCACCCCCUCGCCAAGACCGGCGACUUAUUCUACCCAGAUGCAGAUGGACAGGGCGUAAAUACCCAUGAUAGCAUGCUCUUCCCAUAUGGGAAUUGGGCCGCCAAUGGCCACCGCCGUAGCUUCUCCGUCACCGACAUCUGCCUCGGCUCUGAAGCAGCUCUAGCCGGAGCCGGCUUUGGAUGGAAGCCAUGCCUUUAUUUCGCAAGAGGGUAUUGCAAGAACGGGACUAACUGCAGGUUCCUGCACGGACUAGCCGAUUCUCCCACCGCAGCAGCCACCGAUGUGGUGGUGGAACCGCCAUGCCAGGAGCUGCUGCUCAGAUCUAAAAGCCAGAGACUAGCUACCAGCGCCUCCCAAUUCAUGACAUCCGCAUCUUUUCCAUACACUUCCGGAGUAGCUGGAAAAUGCAUGAAUUAUCUACUACAGCAACAACAACAACAACAAACAGAAAACACCCACAGAGCGGCGGCCUUGGUAUUUGGCGAUGAAGCGCACAAAUUCGGGAGAUCGAGGAUGGAUAGAGGUGAAUUUGGGGUGGUGGGAGGAGGGAUGGUGAACCCAGGUUCAAGGCAGAUCUACCUGACCUUUCCGGCUGACAGCACCUUCAGAGAAGAAGAUGUAUCUAAUUACUUCAGUAUGUAUGGGCCGGUUCAGGACGUGAGAAUCCCAUAUCAGCAGAAACGGAUGUUUGGGUUCGUAACCUUCGUUUAUCCAGAGACAGUGAAGCUCAUACUCGCUAAGGGAAACCCGCAUUUCGUCUGUGAUGCUCGAGUACUCGUCAAGCCCUACAAGGAGAAGGGAAAAGUCCCAGACAAGUACAGGAAGCAGCAGCAGCAGCAGCAAGCUGAGAGGGGUGAUUUCUCGGCUUGUACGACUCCUUCCAGCUUAGAUUCUAGAGAUGCCUACGACAUGCAGCUGGGAGCAAGGAUGUUCUACAAUUCACAUGAGGUGCUGAUGAAGAAGCUAGAAGAGGCAGAACUACAGCAAGCCAUUGAGCUUCAAGGGCGCAGACUCAUGGGUCUGCAGCUCCUCGACGUCAAGAGGCGUAAUCUCUCCAGUCCGCUUCCUUCUCCAUCUCCCGACCACCAUUUCGCUUCCAUGCCCAUCACCCCUUCUGAUCGUAGCAGCCCAGAAGCACCACCUCCUCAAGAGAACUGUCCCAGUCCCCCUACAACUGUAUCUCCAGCUGCGGCCGAUCAGCAGCUCCUUCAGCUUAAUCAUGGCCCGUUUAGGCAGCAGACCGAUAGUAAUGCAUCUGGUGGCAACGACAUUACUGCUAAGGACGGCCCCAAGGAAGAUACUGAUUUCCAAGAAAGCAUGGAGCAUAAUCUGCCGGACAAUCCAUUCGCAUCGCCGACGAAAUCGCUAGGGGAUCAGCCGUCCAUCUUCUCAGAGAGUAGUAGCAGCAUUGCAUCUUCCAGUAGCCAAGUCACGUCUUCUUCCUUCGUCCCGGCCACUUCCACCUUAGAAGUGGCUUCUUUCAAAUCAUGCUUCUUCCAGAUGCCCAGGUUCUCUUCCGGCCAUGGAGCUAUAGGUAUGUAGUCGAGCAUCGGUUCCUGAAUGCGAGUAGGUAGAGGGAGAUCAGCUCCCUCUUACUCGGAUACAGAGACCUGAACCCGUGGAGUAUUACUUAACCGUAUAAUACGUAGAGACCCGAAUGAAUACAUACUACAAUAUACAACAUGCGUACAUACAGACAGAAGAAGACUGAUAUUGAAGGACAUGGAUUUAUCAGCAUACAUCAUCAUCCAACCAUCUAUCCAUCCAUUAUCUUUCUUUUCCAUUACAUGUCUCUCUCUCUCUCUCUCUCUCUCUCUCUCUCUCUCUCUCUCUCUCGUGUAGGUGAAUAGGGUCAGAAGAGAAAUAACUCUACUUUAACUCCUCUUCUCGACCAUCUCUCUCAUGGGAGAAAGGUCAUUGUUUGAAAGAAAAAGAAAAUGUAGUUUUGUGAAGCAAAGAGAAGCAUGUGUACAGCAGCAGCAGCAGCUCAGUAGCGACAGCAAGAGAAACAAAGACAAAAGAAAAGAAAACGAAAGAGAAGAACAAGAGCCUCAUUGCAAGACACGAGAAAAAGAGGGACGAAAAACAGCUCCUCAUGUACCCUUUUUUUUACUGUUUUACAUAUACGGAGGAGAUUUUCCCACCCCCCCUCUCUCUCUCUCCCCCUCUCUCACCUCAUUCAUUCACCCCUUUGUUGUUUUAGAAGACGAGGUUUUACCGUUUUACACACAGUAACACGUUCCACACCAUAUCAAAGUUCUCAUGUGCCUUAUAAAUUCUAAGUAAAGAAAAAAAAAAAAAAGUCUCUUCCUCUC